AUGUUCCCCACUGCCGCUCUCACCUCCCUUCUCCUGAUCUCCUUGUCUGUAGGGGCGAAACCCGUUGUGAUCCGCGACUCUCUCAUUUCCCUCCCUUUCGCGAAGAGCGUGAAUGUGACGUCUUUCCCACAUCUCCUCAAACAGGAUCAGGCGCGAGCGAAAGCUCUGCGUGCACGGGCCGAGGCGAAACUCAGCGGUAUCCAGCUAAGCGAGGAUGCAGUGGUCAGUUUUUCUGUCGAGAACCAAGCGGUGGUGUACACCGCCUCUGUUGGAGUGGGUAGCCCCGCGACUACCUAUAGUCUGCUCAUCGAUACGGGGUCUUCCAACACAUGGGUAGGCGCUGGUAAGGCGUAUGUGAAGACCAGUACUAGUACUCAAACCUCAAACCGUGUCUCGGUGACAUAUGGUUCUGGGUCAUUUUCUGGCACGGAAUUCACAGAUCAAGUAUCUUUGGCUUCAGGCUUGACUAUUUCCAAGCAGUCGAUCGGUGUUGCUUCCCGCUCAACUGGCUUCACUGGCUUCGAUGGUAUUUUGGGCAUUGGUCCUGUCGACUUGACACUCGAUACACUCUCUCCGGCCACGACGACGACAAUCCCGACUGUAACCGACAACCUCUUCAGUCAGGGAACCAUCACCAGUCACUUGGUCGCCGUUUCUUUUGAGCCAACGACCACGGAGACUUCGGAAAAUGGCGAGCUGACAUUUGGUGGAACUGACUCCAGCAAGUUCACGGGAUCAAUCACAUUCACUGGAAUCACAAGUACUUCGCCUGCUAGCGAAUUCUGGGGCAUCAACCAGUCCGUCCAAUACGGCACCUCGACGAGCAUUUUAUCGACAACUGCUGGUAUCGUUGACACCGGCACCACCCUUGUUCUCCUUGCUUCUGAUGCUCUGAAGCGUUACCAGACGGCAACAGGUGCCGUGGAAGACAACAACACCGGUCUUCUCCGCUUGACGACAGCGCAGUUCAACAACCUCCAGAGCUUGUUCUUCACCAUCGGCGGGACUACAUUUGAAUUGACAGCCAACGCCCAGAUCUGGCCCCGCUCUCUGAACACCGCAAUCGGCGGCACUGCCGGAAACGUCUACCUUAUUGUUGGUGAUCUUGGAACGAACUCUGGCGAGGGUCUCGAUUUCAUCAACGGCUUCACCUUCCUCGAGCGCUUCUACUCUGUCUUUGACACUGCCAACCGCCGUGUCGGUUUGGCCACGACCUCUUUUACGCAGGCAACUACCAAUUAG